UCCAGAAGUGCACCCUCUAACCGCCAACUGGAGCAACGCGUCGACCACGUCAUCGCCAUGCUUGGCGACAUCAGCACCUUCGCUGUUACUGCCAGGAGAUGGCUCCAGUUUGGAAAGAACUCUCUCAAGCAUUUGUUGAUGAUGCCAAUGUGCGUAUUGCCCAUGUGGACUGCACCGUAGAGAACGACCUCUGCACCAAGCACGACAUUAAAGGCUACCCAACAUUGAGUGUCUUUCACAGAGGUGCGUUCCGCGAGUAUUAUGAAGGCGAACACAGUGUUGAGGACUUGAAAAGCUUUGUCUUGGACCUUGCGAAGGAGGUGUCCGGGAACAAGCCUGAGGAACAUGCGGUGGCAGSAGCUGAAGCUGGAACGCCAAUCGUGCUCGGCAGCAAAAACUUCGACGAGCAGGUGAAGGCUGRUGGUAAGGUGUGGUUUGUAAAGUUCUUUGCACCUUGGUGCGGUUUCUGCCAGGUGUUGGCUCCAGUUUGGGAAGAACUCUCUCAAGCAUUUGUUGAUGAUGCCWYUGUGCGUAUUGCCCAYGUGGACUGCACCGUCGAGAGGGACCUCUGCACCAAGYAUGAMAUCAAAGGCUACCCAACAAUGAGUGUCUUUCACAACGGUAGAUUCUUGAAGGAGUACGAGGGUGGUGGAGACCUYGAGGCAUUGAAAACCUUUGUCUCGAGUGCCGCUCUGGAGGCAAGCGGGGAGGAGAAACCAGAGGAAUCUGCAGUGGUGGAGGCUGAAGAUGGCAUGCCGGUCGUACUCGGCAGCAGCAAUUUCGAUGACGAGGUGAAGGCUGAUGGAACGGUCUGGUUUGUCAAAUACUUUGCACCUUGGUGUGGAUUCUGCAUGGACAUGGCUCCAGCUUGGAAACAGCUAUCCCAAGCAUUUGCUGAUGGAUACUUUGAAGACCGAGCCACCCACGGCGUCGACGUCGCAGAUCUGAAGGACAAGAUCACAUGGGAAGAGUUAACACGGCUGUGGAAGAAGCGGUUCAUCGUCGACGACGCACCAGCACUAACCAUCAACCGUCUCUUCACCAUGACUCAAGGCAACACAGCAACACGUGACUGGCUCACGGAAUGGCAGAAGAUCGCGGCAACGCCCGAUCUUGACUUACCAUUUCCGCAUCUGCGCCGUGAGUUCUACAACAGGUCAUGCGCUGCAUUGAGCCAGACACUUGGUGAUCGCGAGCAAUAUGCAACCUUCGCUGAGAUCAUUGACAAGGCGAGGGAGAUCAUCAAGACCAACAGGGCGGCUGCACACGAGAAGUCAACGUGGCAGCCAACCUAUGUGGAGAAGGUGAGAACUGGUCCGCGACAGCAGCAGUUCGCUGCAGUCCAAUCGGACAACACUGUGGAAGACCCAGCAGCCACCCAAGCGUCACGUGAGGGAGAUCAGGUGGCUGUUGUCCAGCCGCGAAGCAACAACAAACCCCGAGUGAACGGGAAGGCGAAACCAGCAUCGCAGGCCGGAAACGGACAGCCAGCACCACCAUGGGUCAAGUUCAACUUGACCGAGGCCGCGUACAAGUACCGCAACCGUUACGGCUGCUGUUACUGGUGCAACAGCACCAAGCACAAGACCUCCCUUUGCCAGGAUCAGGCCAAGGAGGAUGCUGGAUUCGGCCUAGCUCAUCGCCAUGCGGUGCUCCUAUUCUCUUCGUCCGGCAAGGAUUUGCGGUUGUGCAUCGAUUAUCGCAAGCUCAACGCUCAGACGAUCAGGAACGCCGGCCCUCUCUCACGCAUCGACGAUCUUCUCGAGCGACUGGGCGGCGACAAGUUCUUCUCCAAGCUUGACCUCAAGUCGGGCUAUCACCAACUCGAGAUUCACAAGGAGGACCACUACAAGACCGCGUUUAAGACGCGAUAUGGGCAUUUUGAAUGGCUGGUUAUGCCAUUUGGCCUUACGAAUGCCCCGGCCACUUUCCAAGCGACUAUGACAACGGAGUUCCGACACAUGCUAGAUCGAUACGUACUUAUCUACCUCGACGACAUCCUGGUGUACAGUCGGAGUUUGGAGGAGCAUGUGGAACACCUGCGCACCGUUUUGGAGUGGCUACGGCAAGCCAAGUACAAAGCCAACGGCGACAAGUGCGAACUAGCGUGGCAGGAGCUGGAGUACUUGGGACAUUAUGUGAUGCCGCAAGGCAUCCGUCCGCUUGCGGACAAGUUCGAGGCCCUACGAGUAUGGCCCGAGCCCACCAACACCACGGACGUUCGUUCAUUCAUGGGAUUGGCGGGCUACUAUCAGCGAUUCAUCACCGGAUACUCGAGGAUUGUUGCACCUAUGACGAGGUUACAAUCGCCAAAGGUGCCAUUCGUAUUCGAUGACGACGCACRCCGGUCAUUCCAAGCACUUAAGACGGCUAUGCUCAUGGCACCCGUCCUUAGCAUCUAUGACCCCACCCUGCUUACGAGAGUGACGACUGACGCUUCCGACUAUGGCAUUGGGGCAGUCUUGGAACAGCACGACGGCGACGACUGGCACUCUGUGGAGUAUUUCAGGCACAAAGUGCCUCCCAUCAACUCGCUUGAUGAUGCAAGGAAGAAGGAGCUGCUCGCAUUCGUCAUGGCUCCCAAGCGAUGGCGGCACUUCCUCCUUGGGCGUCGUAGGUUCACAUGGGUUACAGACAACAAUCCAUUGACCUACUACAAGACGCAGGAUACGGAGUCCGGCACGAAGAUGAAGCCAAGUUCRGCUCGGCAUCCACAGACAGACGGGCAGACGGAGCGGACACAUCAAACCGCUCAAAUGAUGCUUCGUACGCUCAUUCGUCCGGACCAGAAAGAUUGGGUUGACUGCCUCCCCGACAUCGAGUUCGCCUACAACACUUUGGUGCACCCGGCAAUCGGCGUGACUCCAUUCGAGUUGCACCACGGUGGACGGAAAGGCCGUAUCUUCGCUGACGUUCUCCUCCCACGACCAGCCGACAUUGAUGCCGCUCGCUCUCCCGCUUCCGUCCGGAAGUACAGGGAAUUGCUGGCUCAAGCCCGCGCAAAUAUGCAAAAGGCUCAAGUCCGCAUGCAGCAGCAAGCCAACAGGCAUUGCGUGUCAUGUCCCAUCCGCGCCAGCGACCUGGUUUGGGUUUCCGCGGAAGAGUUUGCACUGGAACAGGAUGUCUCAUGCAAACUGCUUCCCAAGUGGUUUGGACCAUGGCCUGUAACACCAGCCGCGGGCGAUGAGCCUGAUGGCCCUUCAUUUGUGAUCAACAUUCCCCCGUAUCUGACGGUCCAUCCAGUCUUUCACGCCUCAAAGUUGGCAACAUACACGCCAGCUAAGAGCGACGACUUUCCGGGCCGACGAUCGCAGGACCCUCCUUCUAUGGAUGGUCAUUAGGAAGUUGACCGCGUCAUCACCGAUCGCAAGUACGACAUUCAAAGCCUGCGAUCGCGACGACACUCGGUGGAUUUCAGGAGCAGAUUUGAAAGCAUCCGCACCGCUGAUCUAUGCGCAUUAUGAGAAGCAAAGGUUAGCUCAGAAUGGUUCACGACCGGCUGCUCCCACCCGGACUGUGGUCCCUCCCUCAGACAGACAUCUUCGCCCUCGCAGGUAAGCUCGGUCUUUCAAGGAGGGGGGGGUGUGGCAUACUGCGUACCCGCACGGGCCCUGCAGGGCUUGUCCCGCACUUUCAGCCUAAAAGCCUAGAAAAUAGGGCUUACAAGCCCCGGUUGUUUCAAUCUGAAACUGAAAAACGAGGGCCUGCAGGCCCUAUUCCGUUUUCAGCCUUAAACGGAGCGCCAUUUUCAG